AUGACGAUCGAUCAUAAAGUUGGAUUCAAAGGUGAUUUGUUCCUUGUAGUCCUCAUGGGUAUAAGGAGGGAGAGGUGGGAGGAGGCAAAAUUACGCCAAACAUACAAUCUCCAAAAGUUGACUGGUGUUCAGGGGGUUUCGACACAAAGCAAGAGUGGACUUGAUCUUUACCAGCGGCUUGCCACAAACGGAUACUUUGAUGUAUAUUUCCACGAGAAUCAUCAGAGAUACUACUUGAAACACGGUCAAGUCUGGAUGAAGGACUUUAGCGACCUGGAAAGACCCUGA